AGGGGAGGGAGCGCAGAGAGUACCAACAUCACCAACACCACCACAGCGCAGCAGAGAGCCUCAGUCACACAGAGCCGACUGAGCGGAGAGGUGGAAGGACGCGCUUCCCAUCGCGCUCCUGAGACAAAACCCCCGACUUGUCUGCUGCUGGAUACCUGUGUACAACACACACACACACACACACAUACAUAUAGACACGCACAGACACACACACACACAGUCAAGGACAUAUGUGAGAGACGUGCGUUUUCGGUGGAGUCUACAUCCAGGAUUCAGGGAUUUUUGCGCAAGUCAUGGCAUUUGUUUGGAAAGUAAGCAAUGCACUCUGCCGGAGACAACUAAUUCACAAAGAUGAGUCACCGAGGGGGUGAUGGACAACAUUCAGUGCUCCUGUGGUCUUCAAAGUCCGGUAAGCUGCAAGAUUCUCACCCACAGAGCGAUAAGCGUCCCCUCGGUCACCUUCUGAAAUGAUGUCUUGUGGCGACGUGCGCGGCGCGCCAGAGUGCGUGUGAGUGACUGACCGGUAGUCUUUCUGAGAGAGAGAAAAAGAGAGGCUGGAUAUAAACAGCAGCCAGGCUUUCAGGCAGCGACAGCCAGACACUCAGAGCAGCCAUCUCGCCUCUCUCGCUCCUCAGACCCAUGCAGGAUGCCCGGAGAGCGCUGGGGAGUCCUGGUCCAGCUCAGCCCGAGUUCAUGACGCUCUGGGCGGCCUCGUCAUGCGUCUCUUGCCUGAGCCCAGCGCCCAAUCCCUCCGGAUCCUCUUCCUCUUUAUCUUCGUGAUGGGGGUGACCCCUUCCCCGGCUCUCACAGCCGGCUGCCCAGACAAAUGCGUGUGUGACGACCAGUUGGUGGUCCAGUGCGCCGGGCAGGAUCUCAUCCGUUUCCCCGAUGACCUGCCCCUGGCAACUCGGCAGCUCAUCAUCUCCAACAACCGCAUCUUGGACCUUCCGGCGCUUCAGCUCAACUACCUGUCCGAUCUGGUCUACCUGGACUGCAGCAACAACUCUUUAUCAGAGAUCUCAGAGUCCACCUUCGGGAAUUUGCGGAAACUCGCAUACCUGGACUUGUCGUUCAACACCCUGCUGCAGGUUGAGGACCGGACUUUCGGGCCCCUGUCGUCUCUGGUAAUGCUCCGGCUGACGGAUAACCCGACUCUGUGGGACAUCCACCCGGAAGCCUUCUCGGAAAACUUGGCUCUGCAGGUUCUGGAUGUGAGCCGGAACAACCUCACGGUCCUCAACAUCAGCAACCUGAUCGCCCUGCCUGCUCUGCGGUCUCUGGGGCUCAGCGGCAACCCCUGGAGCUGCGACUGUGACACGGAGGACCUCUGCCUCUGGGUGCAGAUAGAGGGCUUCAAGUUCCAAGACGAGGGCCAGACAGUUUGCCACAAUCCCCCAGAGCUGGCGGGCCAGCGGUUGGCGGAGGUUGGCAUGCAGCUGCGGACAGACUGCCACCAAGGUCUGGGCUACUGGGACUACCUCUUCUUCAUCGCCAUCGGCUUCGUCAUCUUCUCAGCCGGCACGGUGUCGGCCUGGGUAAUGGGCGUGCUUAUGGUGCUGUACGAGCGCUACCACAAAAAGAAGAGCCAGGAGCAGGACAGCGAUGACGAGGACGAGGACGAUAGGGGAGGGAUGGGCUGUGGGACCCAGCGGAACGGGGAUCUGAGCAAGCAGGUGUGAGAGACUGAACAUGACGAAGUGGCUGAGAGGAAGAAGUGAUGAGAGGACUCUGAGACCAAAGGCUCUGCAAUGAACCAAGAUCUGACUGUCUCUCUUUGUUACAGAUUUAGAUAUCACAAUAUGCUCCUCACCAUAUUGGACAGAAAGUGUGUGUGUGUGUGUGUGUGUGUGUGUGUGUGUGUGUGUGAGAGAGAGAGAACGAGAGACAGGCAGAGACAGCAAUAAGGACGAACAUGCCUUCACUUCAGGAGUACAGAAUGACCUCUGAGAUUAUUGAGAGCAAUAACCCCCAUACACACACAUACACACACACACACACACACACACACACACACACACACUGCUCAUCUCAGCACUACUACGUCUCAGAUACUCUACAGAGCUGUUGGUUUCCCUGAGUGGGUGGAUGUACCUGCAUACUACGUGAAGCGCUCUUGAGUAAAUCUUUCUGUAAAUGUUGAUUAGAACUGGAUAUGUUAUGUGAGCGACACACACACACACACACAUUCACACACACAGUCACACACACUACAUUAACACACAUACGUUGGUACUGGGGGUCACAAAGAGAGUGAUGCCUUAUCUCCGCUACCAUAAAAAGGGAAAACUAUUACAUUUUCAUUAUUAAGAUGUGAUUUUCCUGAACGCCUUAAGGCAACUCACUUGAAAUAGUGAACAGUCACUGUUGUCUCCUAUAGACAGAAUCUGUCCACAAACAAUUUGGGGUAUGAUAAACUUCAUUUGAAUGUAAAAACUACAACUCACCGGAGGCUUGCUUUCUCCUGCUGUGAGUUUUUGAAGUUUAAAGGUACCCUGUGGAGUUUUUGAACCACUAGUGGCACUAUGGAGCAAUGUUUUGAUAACCAGGUCUCCAUUUUGUCUGUAUGCUCUGUCUACACUCAUGACCACACUGGUGACACAAUAACAUAUUCCUGGCGAUGCUUUCGUGAUUGACACUCACCAAGUAAACCUAGUUAGCAAACAUUGAUGUCAGCAAAUGUUUUGCAAAGAAGGAAAUGCAUCAAAAAAAGCAAGCAAGGAUACAAAUAAAUACGUUUUGUGGUAAAUUCUGAAUGUAUACAUAAUUGUUUUUGUUGCUAAUUAUCUUAUUACGUUAUACUAUAUUGAAAAUUAUUAUAAUAAUUCCACAGGGUACCUUUAAAAAGAGCAACUUAACACCACCCUGAAAAUCUAGGUUUUUGCUGAUGUCCCGGUCGCCUCAAUGAUGUAAACAUGUACCGUGGCGUGUGUCAGUUCACUGUGACAUCACUAUCGAGCGUCUUGUCUGCAACAAGAUGAUGUGAUUAAAAGAUCAGUCAAACCUCAGAUGAUGGGAAACCAUGUCAUAAAAAUAC